AUGUUAGUGUUUCCCCAAUGGAGGCCAGAAAUACAGGAAGGCUGCAGGACGCAGCGAUGGAUGCCUGCGGAGAGAUUCGCGCCAUAUUUUGCCAGAACAGUGUUGCCCCCUCUUCCGCCACAGUUAGAAGACGAAGACUCAUUGGGGGGGUCGUCGCCUGAUCGGAGUACAAACGAUAGUGCAGAAGUAGGAGAAGGUGUUUGCGGGUGGCGAGGGUGUGGGGCGCGUUUUCAAAGCGUAGCCAGAUUGUCAGCGCAUAUCGCACGCGGGCACGCACAUGCACACAGAGACGGCCUUUUCUAUUGUGGUUGGAAAGGUUGCUCCAGGCCUCAAAGGGGUUUCAACGCGAGAUAUAAAAUGCUGGUACACGUCCGCACCCACACAAACGAGCGCCCUCACACAUGCAAUCAGUGCAACAAAUGUUUUUCUCGGGCUGAAAACUUAAAAAUUCAUCUCAGGUCACACUCCGGCGAAAAGCCAUAUGUUUGUCCUUACGAGGGAUGCGGUAAAGCCUAUUCAAACUCGAGCGACCGCUUCAAGCAUACGCGCACGCACACCGUAGACAAGCCAUAUUUUUGUAAAAUCCCCGGUUGCAACAAACGUUACACGGACCCAUCGAGUUUGAGAAAACACGUGAAGACGUAUAAACACUUCGCCACCGACGAGAGCGCCAAACGGGAGUCGUCAGACGAGAGCCCGGAACAAGAAAGCUUUUCACCAACUAGGGACAAAUGUUACGCAAUGGAACCUACAUCACCAUUGCACGGAUGUUUCACUUACCCAAGUAAAACUGUAGCUUCACCGCAUCUACCAUACAGCGCACUCUCAAUGGCGGACACACAAUUACCAAGUGUAGGUUACGGACCACAAGUGACAUUUAAGUACAAAAAGCUGAUG